AUGGCCAAAUUGGUUAUUCCGGAAAAUCAGAUGGCAGCAUCCAUCUUGAUGUGCCUGGUCAUUUUGAUAGGAGGGAAGACUAUAAGCACAACUGGUAUUACCAAGCUCUUGGGCAUUACAGCUGAACUAUUACUAGGUGUGAGCAUAUAUCGCUUGAUAUUCCAUCCGCUUGCCCAGUACCCAGGGCCAUGGCUCGCAGCAGUCACCGAUUGGUACUCUGUAUACCAUUGUUUGCUUGGAGAUCGCCACCUAGACUUCUUGCGUCUUCAUCAGGUAUAUGGCCCAGCAGUUCGAUUCGGACCCAACAGAGUCUCCUUCUGCACAGAUCAAGCCGUUCAGGAUAUAUAUGGCAUACGUGCCAAUACGCAAAAAUCUCAAGUCUACAGGGCGUUUUCACAUUUCUUCUCUGUUCCAGCGAGCCUGACAACCAUUGAUCGCAAAACCCAUGGUUUUAAGCGUCGUGUUACAAGCAGCGCGCUGACUACAGCCGCUGUCAAAAGCCUUGAAGAGCCGAUUCUUAAAAAUGUGCGAGUGCUCUGCAUGUCUUUAUCGGAGAGCGCAGCAAGGACUGUCGAAGGUGAAUGGAGUGCGUCUCACAAUAUGUCAAAGGAGGUCCAGUUUCUUCUCUCCGAUAUUAUGGGAGAUGUCACUUUUUCCAAAAAUUGGUCCAUUCAAGCUAGCCCAGAUAAUCGGCAUAUUCUGGAUUUGAUGUCUCUUGGCACAAGUGGAAUCCACCUUGCGGGCCAUAUACCAACGAUUCUCACAUUGAAGCUUGAUCAAAUUUGCUUCCCCAAUCUGACCAAGGGCGUCCAGGAAUUCUUUCAACUAUCAGAGGCCCAGUCUAUGUGGCGCGUCGCACAGGACUCUGCCUUGUUACCGAACAGGGAUUUAUUUGCCGCCCUGCUCGAUGCCCGCGAUCCGGAGACGGAAAAGGGGUACUCCCAGCAAGAUCUCAUUGCAGAAGCAGGAAUUCUUAUCAUCGCUGGGGCUGACACGACAGCCACCGCCACAACGGCGACCAUAUUCUAUCUUCUGCACAGUGAGGAUGCGUACACACGGGUUCGCGCCGAAGUAGACAGUGCAUUCAUGCGUGAUCAAAAUUCGGAUGUCGAGGCCAUUCGCAUCGGCCGCAAGCUGAGCAGCUGUCUUUUCCUUUAUUCUUGCAUCAAUGAAGCCAUGCGACUUUCCCCACCAGUAGGUGGCCUGUUGCCUCGUGAAGUGUUAGCUGGAGGCUUGGACGUUGAUGGAGGCCGAUACCACGUUCCCGCGGGCAUGGAUGUUGGCGUUCCGACGUAUGCACUUCACCAUACGCAGGAAUAUUGGCCUAACCCUCAUGAGUUCCAACCCGAACGCUGGUUGAAUGGUUCUUCUGCGGAGCAAAAGGCAGCCUUCAUACCUUUCGGGGCUGGUCGCACUGCAUGUGUUGGGAAGUAUCUCGCGUACCAGGAGAUUGGAAUUAUUGUGGCACGGUUGCUCUGGCUGUUUGAUAUACGACUUGCGCCUGAUAGUAGUGCAGCCCAAAGCAAGGAAGUACCCUUCUGGGAGCCUUCGUGGGGCCGACAACGCAAAGGAGAGUUUCAGAUGCGGGAUGUCUUUACCAGUACUCACGAUGGGCCGAGUUUGCAGUUUCGGCGGAGGUAG